AUGUCACGUCGUUCAGGUAGAUCUAAGGCCUACCCUGAUCAGUCAGAAUUGAACUCAGAAUUUCCAGAAGAUGAUGAAAUUAAUAAUUAUGAGGCAGAAGCAGAAGAUGAAGUCGAUGAAGAGCAAGAAGUGACGAGAUGUAUUUGUGGACAAGAUGAAGUGAAUACACGAGGUAUAAACCCACAGUUACAUGCAUUGCUAUGGAAAGAGUAUCAAAUGAAGAUUGAUAAUGGUUUGUUUAUCCAAUGUGAUAAAUGCUCCGUAUGGCAGCAUGGAUACUGUGUUGGUUUAUUUAUAAACGAAGACGUUCCUGAGAAGUAUUGGUGUGAAAUAUGUAAACCAGACUUACACAUAUUCAUAUAUGAUAAUAACGAGACGGUGAGAUCUUUAUAUAAGCCUGUUAAUGAUAAACGUAAGAAAUUAUUGCUUGAGAAUAGCAUCAGCCAGGAGAACAACAAUAAGCGAAAUAAAGCUAAACGCCAAGCACAGUCCAAUUCUUCUCCGGUAUCAGCAUCGGAGAGUAAUAAACACCCACGCAAGGAACGCAGACAUUACGAUGAAAGCUAUGAUGAACAAUUACAGCAAGCUUUGAGAGAGAGUGCCAAAGAGAGUGGCAUAUCAUAUGAUACUAAGAAUAAAAAUAAGCGUAAGAAGAAUGGAGAUUCUAGUGAUACAAACAAAAAACUCAAGCAUGAGUCUGAACAAGGUCAGUCAAAUGCAGAAGAGGCUGAGAUGAAUGAUGAAAUAAAAGGGGACUCUAAGUUGAAGAAACUGAAGAUAAAAUCUAAAAGCUCAAAAUCUAAAGUCGCCAAAAACCCUUCUAAUGAUUCGACACUGGCUACCAUGACAAAAGAAGAGCUAAUAAACCAAGCCUCGAAGCCUCGAUAUGUGAAUGAAAAAUCUUCUAUUUAUGAAUUGAGGAAACGAACAGGGGCUAUUUUAGAAUGGUUAGGUAGAUCACAACUAGAAUUAGAGGAAGAAAAACUCAAUAAAAUCGAAUUAUUUAGCUACAAGGACAAAAUUGACUUGAACCAACAACAAAUCGACCAAGAUAAUAAUAAAGUUAUUGAUGGCUUUAAUGAAAAUUUACAAUUGAUGGAGAAGUUAACUGAAAAGAUACUAAAUUGGGAACAGCAAUUUGGUAAAUAUGCUCCAUAG